CAAAACACAUCGUCUGUCGUCACUUUCACACACAACAUUCCUAUGUCGUCACUCUACACAACACAUCGCCCUUGUCAUCUCCACAAAACACUUCCUCCUUCCCCAGGGCGCAACUGUUCCGAUGUGAACAUUGUCUGUGAAAACGACGGCUACAUAACAACCGUGGACGGCAAAUGCACGUGCAGAUGUGUGCCCGGCCUAGACCCUGACACAGGCUGCACUACCAUUAUCAAAAGCGGGACAAGCACUCAAGAGUUUCCAGGUGGCAGUUAUGCUUUGCCUGAACCUAAAGAUGGAUGUUCGGGCGCUUCGGUGUCAUCAGGAACCAGAAUCCAUUACAACGACGGCGAUAACUCCGUGUCAAGUGACUACGACUUGAAAGGAGGAGUCUCGGGAACGCAAGUCGAGCACAAUUUUUGCGUCACUCAGAACUCAGCCAGUGAAGACAAAUGGCCUGCAGGCAACUACUGCAUAUACAGGAAAGGGGGUUCUUGCCCUGAAAACUUCAAUGAAGCCUACGUCCAGUAUGACGACACUCCGACGGCAGAGAACAGUAAUUCAGUUAGCGGUUCUUUCCCCGACGGCGACUUUGGGAAUAACACACGUUUUCAGUACUGCUGUCGAGACAAUGGCUUCGUGUGGGAACCGAUUUUUCUGCCCAACAGGAACCCGUUCGUUCUUAUUCGAUAUUACGAUGACUAUUGCCAAGAAGUGAGAGGCAUGCACAGCUACACGCAGAAGAUGACGAUCACAAACAGCGAGGACGAGGGAAUAGAGGGUUAUGAAGGGGAUGUUCCUCUCACUGACGUCAGCGGGAGAUCUUACGAGACCACCUUCUGCUACUACAAACCCGCCAUGAUUGAUUGCGGGGAAGUUAUACAACUGACAAAAGAGAACCCAACAGUGACAUUCAGUGCCCCGGAAGGCUCAGAAAUGGACUGCACUUGGCUCUUGAAGGCCCCCGAAGACGAGAGCAUUCGUCUCAAGUUUGACAGCUUUAAAAUCGCCGGCUCAAGUGGCAACUGCGAAGACACUUUGGAAAUUCGAUAUUUUCGCCCCGGGCAGGGAGGUUUCAUACGAGGACUUAUGCUAUGAUGCAGAGGACAGAGGGACAUCAUAUGUUGGUUUCGUCAAUUUCACACGCUUCUUCGAACCGUGCCUUCCGUGGGCUGAAACAACACAUUGCAGCCACCACCCUUACAACGUGCAGUCUACUCGGAGUAAUUUGCUUCUUGAAGGCAAUUACUGUCGCAACCCUGACUACGACACAGGUUUAAUGCCAUGGUGCUAUACCAAAGCAGACCAGUGUGAACGGAAUUACUGUGAUCCUUGCAUGCUUGGCACUGCAUAUGACAAUGACGAAAACUGUGCUAGGAAAUCUGAAAUAGGCCUGUGCAGUUUGUCAGGUUAUGAGGAUGAAGCAAGAUUUCAGUGUGCCAAAACCUGUGAAGUAGAUUUACCUGCAGUCUCAGAUAAAGCAUCUGAUGUGAAGUGUGGGAAUCCUGGAGACGUAAUUGAUGGCUCAAUUGUCUCUGGUGGGAAUCAGAGCAGCUAUAAUUUGGGGGCAACGGUCACCUACAAAUGUGACACCUCUGACGUUACGAUGGACAAAAUCUGCCUCACGUCUGGUCAAUGGUCAGAUCUAGGAUUUGUCUGUGAUGUCUGUCCGCAUGGUUGGUCCCUGGACUUGGCCAGUGGACAGUGUUACAAGUACUUCGACUCCUCGGUCCAAUUAUCUGAUGCUAAAGAGGCAUGUGGAGCUCUCGGAGGCGCGCUUCCCACCGCCAAAACCGAGGCAGAAAACACCAUCCUGUACAAUCUCAUUUCCAACACAAUCUGGCUACCAAUGACAGACGAGGUAACUGAAGGAACCUGGGUGUGGUCUGAUGGGGACGUGGCAGUAUGGACGAACUGGGACUCAGAUCAGCCCGAUAACUGGAGCACCGGUGAACACUGCGCCACUAUGCGUACAAACGGCAAAUGGAACGACAUUCCUUGCUCGUACAACGCCCACUAUGUUUGUGCCAAACCCAUGUCAGAACUGCCAGUAUGUGUGGACUUUUGGGACUCCUGUGCUAGCCACUACGAGGCCAACCCAAGCAUAUGUGAGAUGUAUACAGAAUUCUCCCUUAGAAUAUGCCCAUACACGUGUGGCAAGUGCGGUGUCGAGACAACCCUUGAAUGUAGCGUGGAACCUCCCCCUACAAAUGGAAAGAGUUCUACCAACGACAACACAGUGUCACGUGGUGCGACAGUGGAAUACUCGUGCAAUGACGGAUACGUAAUCAAGUCUGGAGAUUCCAGGAGAGGCUGUCUGGGCAAUGGUCAACUCAGUGGAGAGCCGUUGCGCUGCAUUGAAGGCUGCCCUGACGGCUGGGUCUACUCGAAAUCCACCAGCUCAUGCUAUGGCUACUUUGAUGAGCAGGUCAACUAUGAAACUGCCCAAACUAAGUGUCAGGAGAAGCAAGGCACCCUAGCAAUGCCUACUACAGAGACAGAGCAGGCGUUGGUCCUGGAAGCUAGAAAUUCCUCUCACUACGCCUGGAUUGGGCUGGAUGAUCUUUCCGAAGAAGGAAUCUUCGUGUGGGCUGAUGGAACACCUCUUCUUGGUUGGAGUACUUGGAACUCAAAUGAGCCAAAUGACUGGGGUGGUUAUGAAGAAUGUGGACACUUGGUCUCUUCCGGUAAUUGGAACGACAUCGUCUGCUGGGCAACCAUGCGCUAUAUCUGCCAGGUGUCUCUUACAGUCUUCAAUCCCGAAUCGAAUACUACUACUCCUACCACUACUACAGAAAAGCCUACAACGAUAAAGUCUACCACUACUACUACCACUACAGCAAAGCCAACGACUUCUACAGCUGGUCCAACUACUGAUAUGUUCUGUCCGGAUGGUUGGUCCAUGGACUUGACCAGUGACCAAUGUUUCAAGUACUUCGACUCCUCGGUCCAAUUAUCUGAUGCUAGAGAGGCAUGUGGAGCUCUCGGAGGCGCGCUUCCCACCGCCAAAACCGAGGCAGAAAACACCAUCCUGUACAAUCUCAU